AUGUCUGCUGGUUCGUCUCCCCUGCUGACCAUCCGGUCGUCCGAUUCGGACGCAGACUUCGUUCCUCCUACCCAACGCAGGAGGAGCGCCAGGGCCAUCAAGGCUAACUCCAAAUGGGCCAACUCCACCGCUGCUGACAUAGCAGCCGUCUUGGCCCAGUCGGGGAUCCCUUACAACGCCGAGUUGAGUAAAGAAGAUCUCGUUCUCCUCGCGCACAACACUCUCGGCAGUCCUCAACUCCACGCCGAGCCAAAUGUCCCAGGUCCUGCUCCUGAUCUCCCAGUCGAUCCCGCUGCUGAUCUGGAAGAGCCCGCUCCGCCACCAAAGAAACGCCGGGCAAAGACGAAGCACCUUACUCCAGCGCCUCGUAAGAGGAAGCCUACUGCUCCGACCCUCCCGGACUCUCCAGUCUCGUCUCAACCCAUCCUGGAUGCAGUUCUCUCCCUCACCGCGUCGAUUACAGCAAUCGACUCCAGAAUUCAGGCGCUGGAACACCAGCGCCCAGCUCUACCGGCCUCCUCGCCGUCUGCAGCACCGCCGGCUCCCGCCGCCAUUCAGUGGCCCGUCCCCCUCCAAGCACCGAACACCAGCACGGGGUUCUCAGCGGCUAACUCAACUUUAGUGCUAGCUGGCACUGCAGUUUCGCCAGCUUUUUCUCUGGCAACAGCUCUCCCUGCUCCUCCGCUCGGCAGGAGCUUCGUUGCACCCUCCACAGUCUCCAUUUCCCCACAACUCAGCGUGUACCCUGAUCGCAGGAUAGAACUGGACACAUACCUUGCCAUCAUGGCCGAUUUCAACCUCCGUUACGGAGGCACACUUUUCUAUCAGUACCAUAAUGCAUUUUCCGCGAAGUCCGCUUCUUACAUUUCUCUGUACAAUCUUCGCUUGGACUGGUCCGUCGUCGACACCGAACUUUUGGUUAGGCAUUUCAGUGGCCAAAGAUCGCUCAGCUGCAACAUUUGUGGCUCCCACGCCCACACGGCGAUUCUGUGUCCGCAAACGGCCUUCAACCGACCACCACUUCCGGUUGCUGUCCAGCAUCCUGACUCCGGGUUUAGGGUUGGUGUUCUGUCCCCCCUUUCAUGCUCGUACACGGCUAGGAACCUUCAGUCGGCUCUAACCGAACCCUCUAUAGUGUCCGAACUUCUGUCUAAAGAAUUAAAUAAAGGCUAUGUUCUCGGCCCCUUCUCUGCUCCUCCUUUUCACCCCUUCCGCGUAAACUCACUCGGCGUGGCUACCAGGAAAUACUCUGGCAAGAAAAGGCUGAUUUUUGACAUGUCUUCACCUCACUCCGAAACCUGGUCCAGCGUCAAUGAAAUGAUUCCUCUCGAGCCCUUUUCUCUCCACUACGCCUCCGUCGAUAAUGCUAUUCACCUCAUUAAAAUCGCUGGUCAGGGCGCCCUGCUCGCUAAAGCCGACAUUACCGACGCAUUUAAGGUUAUGCCAAUUCACCCUGCCGACUGGCCCCUAUUUUGCGUAAAAUGGCAGUCUAAAUUCUAUUUUGCAGUGAGGCUUACUUUCGGGUGCAGGAGUAGUCCUCACAUUUUUAAUUGCCUUUCAGAAGCACUGUGCUGGAUUUUGUUAAAUGUCUGUCAUUUACCGUUCGUUCUGCACCUCCUGGACGAUUUUCUUUUAAUUGACUUUCCAGCUAAGACCAGUUCAGUUCUGGACGUCCUUCGCAACGUUUUCCAGGAGCUAGAGGUUCCCCUCUCUGCCGAAAAGACAUUAGGACCCGUCACUUCUCUCGAAUUUCUGGGUAUAAUCCUCGACUCCGUUAAAAUGCAGGCCUCUCUCCCAGACGAAAAAUUGACCAGAAUCCGCGAAGUGUCCGCUUCUUCCCUCUCAGUCGGCUCGGUGACUAAGAGGGAACUCCUCUCUCUCCUGGGCCACCUGAAUUUCGCGAUGCGCAUCAUCCCGCAAGGCCGCUCCUUCAUCUCUCGCCUGUUAGAUCUGGCUCACUCCGUGGAAAAUCUAUCCGACUCUAUUGUUCUCGAUUCAGGCUGUCAGUCGGAUCUUAGCUUUUGGUCCAAGCUGCUGAAGCAUUGGAACGGCAUCUCUUUUUUUUACAACGAUCACACCGACUCGUCCGUCUCUCUCAAGCUGUUCACGGAUGCCGCUCCAUCUCUCGGCUUUGGGGGGCUUUACAAUGAUUUGUGGUUCGCAGAAAAAUGGUCCGAUGAAUUUCUCGCAUUUUCCUCCGAUGCUGUUUCAUCCGCCCUUUUCGAAUUAUACCCCAUCGUGGUCUCCUGCGUCCUGUGGGGUAAAGAAUGGUCAAGAAAGCGCAUUCUCUUUUUCUGUGACAACGAAGCAGUGGUGGCCAUUAUUAAUAAAGGUCGCUCUCGCUGCCCCAAAAUUAUGUCUCUUUUGAGGAGACUCACCUGGCAGUCAGUCAUUCAUAACUUCGUCGUAAAUGCCUCUCAUGUACCAGGUUAUAUUAAUGUCGAAGCUGACGCACUCUCCCGUCUCCGUUUUCAGGAAUUCCAACGUCUCUGCCCUUCAGCCAGCAAAGUGUCAACCCCGUGCCCAAAGUUCUCCGAACUGCUUCUGGAUUAAUUUCGCCUUCUCUAGAUUCGCUAUUAGAUAAGGCUAAAAGUUAUAUGAUCAAAGGUGUCGCCAAAUCCACGACCGAAGCAUAUAAUUCUGCCUGGUCCUGGUUCGUUAUGUUCUCUCAGCACCAUCACACGCCUGCCGUCCCGGUUCUCAUUUCCACUGUCUGCGCAUUUCUAGUGUAUUGUUUUGAUCAACGUGGGCUCAAAGUCGUUUCAAUUCGGAAAACCCUCGCAGGCAUUCAAUUCCACGCCAGACUUCACGACUCUGGCUUCCCUAGUCUAUUUUCAAAUUCUCAAAUUCGUCUUCUCCUCAAAGGCUUCUCAAAUUCCUCCCCGCGUUCAACCGACUCUCGCCUCCCCAUUACGGCUGAUAUCUUGCGCCGCUUAAUAUCAGCACUUAAACGCGGCUAUCACUCACCGUACGUGGCUUGCCUACUAGAGGCCGUUUUCCUCAUGGCUUUUUAUGGCUUCAUGCGGUGCGGCGAAUUCACUACGAAUUCACAGUCAUUCGACCCCUCACGCAAUCUCUGUCUUUCCGAUCUAUCCUUUUUCCCCACUCACUUCACCUUAUUUCUUAAAUAUUCAAAAACUGAUUCCUCCGGAUCAGGUUCCACCAUUACAAUUGCUAAAAUAAAUGAUGUCCUUUGCCCGUUCGUCUCCAUGGUCAAUUAUCUUAAACUACGUCCGCACACCUCUUCCGAUUUACCCCUCUUUAUCACACCAGACGGUUCAGCAAUGUCACGUUCCUGGUUCAGCACCCACUUAGCCAAUGUUCUGCGUAUAUGCAAUCUCUCACCAAAGAAGUUCACCACUCAUUCCUUCCGUAUCGGCGCAGCCACUACUGCAGCCCAAAAGGGGCUUUC